CAUUCGCAUCAUUGACAUGGAUUUCUCCAUUCGCAGCUUUGACAGGAGGAGGAGCAAGAAGACGGAUUGGCACAACAUUCAUAAGAAGCAUGUGAAGAAAUUCGUCAUGCGAGUGGAGGAACAGAAGAAAGCGAAAGGAAUCCAAUAUGAAGAACAUAGCGAGGAUGCUUUCAACCAGUACCUCCGUUGGUUUCUUGACAACACCCGUGUUCAGAUCCUUCCGGACGCUUAUGGGCAUGAGAUUUUGGAAGAGCCCUUGAUAUUCGACGAUAUUGCCACCCUGAAGUACAACAAGCUUGUUAGGGAAGGGCGCCAAACCUCUUUUGCUCCAAUGCUGAACUUUGUGCGUACGGAGAUCCAGAAGCAAGCAGUUGAGCAUGAGACCGCUUUGGAGUCGUUUCCACAUGGUGAGAAGGGCGAGAGUUCAUUUCGAGAAUUUGUGAAGCGCCAGGGCCAGAAGCUACGUCGGUUGUCGAACCUACUUGGUUGCCGUGAUCCUGAGAUAAUGACGCCGUCCCAAUCAAGGUCCGCCUCGCCCUCCGACCAAGAUGAUGCGAACAACUCCAACUCUAUUGCCCGUGAUGAGGAGGUUUCCGAUGAGGCGGGAAGUGAACAUGAGGUGGAUGAGGAUGAUGAAGACGUGCCAUUGGGCAAGUAUGUGAAGAAAAAACGGUCCGCGUACAAGUUGAAGCCUCGAAAAGAACGGCAAGAUAGGUACACACCGGACGCAUACGCAAAGGCUCCGGCCGCAAGGAAGGCGAGGAAGAAAGCCGUCAUCGAGUCUGAUGAAGAAGAGCACAUGGAGCCACGUCAGAAGAUUCCGCCUAGGAGGGAGGCAAGACCAAGCGUGCAAGGAAUUAGAUAUUCUUUGUUGGUAUGCACGAAUAUGGCCUUUGUGGUGCUAGUUGUUGUUGUAAGAACUUGA